AUGGCGGGUCCUCAUCCCCAGCCUCGACGCUCACCACAUCAACCUCCUCGGAGGAAGAGAGAUGAAGCGCCGGUGCCUCUCUCUGGGGGGAAGAAACCGCUACGCGUGCUUCCGACACCCGGGGAGAGGCACUGGGCUGGCGGAAAUAGUGACCCCCGUUUGGAUAACGGAAGCUCUGAAGCCAUUAUAUUGCAGCAGCCUUUGAAAUAUUUUGGACGCACGCACAAUCAAACCUUUGUGAACAACAAUGGCCUUCUGACAUUUACGGAGCAACUGUCCGACCCCAUCCCCCUUCUGAACUGUGGAAGAGACUUCAUUGCUCCUUUUUGGACUCACCUUGACAAUAGACGUGGAGGAACUAUCUCCUAUAGGGAGGAUACAAGCAGUGCUGUACUGGCACAAGUCACCGCGGCUGUCAAGCAAUACUUCCCUAACAUAACCUUCAGUGCUUCGUCAGCUUUGGUUGCUACCUGGGACAAUGUGCCAUACUCUAGUGGUGGAGGGGUGGUUACUUUCCAAGUGGUUUUAGUCUCCAACGUUCAUCGCACUUUCAUCCUCAUCAACUACGGAGACAUUGCAGAAACAGAACAAAUUUGGCUGGCUGGUUACAACACGGCGGACUCUGUCAAUUCUUUCACGAUUCCGGUAACCCGUGCCCCAGAACUCUCAUCCAGCAGCAAUAUCAAUGUGAAUGGUCGCAGCUCCUUCCAUGUUGAUGGCUCACCGAACUUGCCAACUAAUUUCCUAGCUUCUGGGGAUGGAAAAAUAGUCAAGCCCACUGCCGAUGAUGGAAGCUCUGAUGUCAUUUUCUUGCAGCAGCCUUUCAAAUACUUUGGACGCACGUACAAUCGGAUCUUUGUGAACAACAAUGGCCAUCUAACGUUUACCGAGCCGCUGUCUGCCUACAAGCCCUCUCUGGAUUCCGGAAGAGACAUCAUUGCUCCUCUUUGGACUCGCCUUGACAACAGACGCGGAGGAACUAUCUCCUAUAGAGAGGAUACAAGCAGUGCUGUACUGGCACAAGCCACUGCGGCUGUUAAGCGAUACUUCCCUAGCAUACCUUUUGCUGCUACUUCAACUUUUGUCGCUACCUGGGACAGUGUGCCAUACUAUAAUGGUGGAGGGGUGGCCACUUUCCAAGUGCUUUUAGCCUACAAUGUUCAUCGCUCUUUCGUCCUGAUCUACUAUGGAGAUGUUGCAGAAACAGGACUACCUUGGCAGGCUGGCUUUUACACUGUGGACACUAUCAGUUCUUUCACAAUUCCAGCAUCCAGCGCCCCAGAACUCUCGUCAAGCAGCAAUAUCAACGUGACUGCUUGCUGGUCUUUCCAUGUCGAUGGUUCACCAAACUUGCCAGCUAAUUUCCUACCAUUUGGGAAUGGAGAAAUAGUGACCCCCCGUUUGGAUAACGGAAGCUCUGAAGCCAUUAUAUUGCAGCAGCCUUUGAAAUAUUUUGGACGCACGCACAAUCAAACCUUUGUGAACAACAAUGGCCUUCUGACAUUUACGGAGCAACUGUCCGACCCCAUCCCCCUUCUGAACUGUGGAAGAGACUUCAUUGCUCCUUUUUGGACUCACCUUGACAAUAGACGUGGAGGAACUAUCUCCUAUAGGGAGGAUACAAGCAGUGCUGUACUGGCACAAGUCACCGCGGCUGUCAAGCAAUACUUCCCUAACAUAACCUUCAGUGCUUCGUCAGCUUUGGUUGCUACCUGGGACAAUGUGCCAUACUCUAGUGGUGGAGGGGUGGUUACUUUCCAAGUGGUUUUAGUCUCCAACGUUCAUCGCACUUUCAUCCUCAUCAACUACGGAGACAUUGCAGAAACAGAACAAAUUUGGCUGGCUGGUUACAACACGGCGGACUCUGUCAAUUCUUUCACGAUUCCGGUAACCCGUGCCCCAGAACUCUCAUCCAGCAGCAAUAUCAAUGUGAAUGGUCGCAGCUCCUUCCAUGUUGAUGGCUCACCGAACUGUAAGCCAAUGCAAACAGAAGCUCAAGCUUAACCUGUACUAUCUACAGGCUUGUUUUUCAUCAGCAGAGCUAAAUAAUUUCUUCCCACCUAUCCUUU